AUGUCCAGUAAAAGAAUUGGAAAGUCAAAAAUUUUGAGAGAAGGGUAUAGGAGGAGCCCCAGAUUGUCUGCUUUGGAAGAUUGUAAGGCUAGUGGUGGCACUAGACUUGGUGCAAAUACUAGCACACAGCAAAUGAAGAGCUACUUGGGCUGUGAUGAAGGACCAGCUUCUAUGACAACGGGUAGAAAGAAGAGAAGACUCUCUCCUUAUGAUGAAGCUGCCUGCCAUUCUCGUUCAGCCUCACCAAAAUUUGGUCCUGUGGAAGUUAGUCAGGAAGAAAACCAAACUAGUAGUGUCUUUGUGUUUUUCUUUUCGCUAUCAGAUUCCCUGGCAGUGUGGCGUAAAGAUAUUGGAAUACCUGCCUCAACUGAUCAACAAUCUUCUGCUCUAUCUGCACUGUGGUUGCCAGAAAAGCGCUUACUUGAGCUGGUUCUUGACAUACUACAAAGGAGAGAUACCUAUGAAAUAUUUGCUGAGCCAGUUAACCCCAAUGAGGUUCCGGAUUAUUAUGAAUUAAUCGAAGAACCAAUGGAUUUUGGGACCAUGAGGGCUAAACUACAUGAAGGACAUUAUAAAAAUCUUCAGGAAUUUGAGCAUGAUGCAUUUUUAGUAACAGAAAAUGCAAUGCAUUUCAAUCCCACAGCUACCAUUUAUUUUAGACAGGCACGUUCCAUACAUGAAUUAGCUAAGAAUGUAUUUCACAUUCUGAAAACCUAUCCUGAGAAGCUGGAGUCAGACUUCUUAGAGGCUAGACAAGGAACUGGUAGGAGGGCUCAAGUUGAAGUUGGAAAGUCAGACUCAUGUCCUAAAGUUGCUACAAAUAUGAAACCCCUUGGCAUGAAGAUUGGGGGUUCAUCAAAAGCUACUGGACACUCGCUUAGUGGUUCAUCAAAUACCAGGAGAGGUCCAGCAAAAACUGGGUGCUCUGGUAUUGAUAAAGGAGAGCGGAAACUUCUUUAUGGUACUAAAGAUGAUGGAAAAUCUAGGUCUUUUGAAGCAGAUCGACGCGCCACAUACCGACCUUGGAAAUCCUACCUCAGUGAGCAUGAGUCUAUUGGUUUGUCAUUAUUUAGUGAUCCAAAACAACUUCUGCAUGUAAAUCACCAGGAUUUUUCGUACAGAGAAAGCUUGAUGUCGUUUGUCAAAGAUUUAGGACCAACAGCUAAGAUGAUUGCUAGAAAGAAGAUACUUGGCUGUCUCCAACAGCAAGAAAGUCACUUUCCUUUGGCAUCUACUUGUCCCCAGCCAGCACCUAGUACUACUGCUUUUUCUGCAGCACCCUCUCAUGGGGGGCAUCCUACGAUUAUGGAGACCGCUCACACUACAUUUCAUCUGCCAUCCAAUGGUGACCAAAGUAAUUCACAUGCUGAAUUUAAUCAAAAUCAUAGAAAAGAGAUUCAUCAGUUGGAUUCUUAUCCAUUGAAAGCUCACACUGGAGACCUCAGUUGCAUAGCUUCUGGUUUACAAAACACCAGCAACAAGUCAACAGCAAUGAUACUAAACCAAGGGAACCUGCCUAAUCAAGCAGAGUCUAUGGUAUCUCCUUCAGACUCUCAGUCUAAUGUGCUGAAAAAGCUGGAAAUUGCAAGUCUUAGUAAUAAGAGCUGCACAUAUAAAUUGACUCCAGCACCUAUGAGCCAAGAUGAUGAAACAAAAGCUGCUCAAGGCAAAAUUCAUGACAUCAGUAGUUUGUUUAACACACGCCAGAUGCCAAAACCAGACCAAUCCAAUCCACUGGCUCAGCAGUUCACAUUUGAUCUUCCAUAUUUGAGAGCUCAACUUGGUAAGAUAAGUUCUGGUGAGGGUCGGUUCUUGCAGAAUGGUUCAAGUGGUCAGCUGCAGUUUUCUGAUAAUAUAGUUGUCAAAGAGACUCGAUAUGUACCUGCCAUAUGGAACUAA